AUGGAUAAAAACAUGAUCAUCAUAGUAACGGGCUCAAAUCGUGGACUUGGCCAAGCAAUACGUCGUCUUCUCGCUCAAACUUCUCACGACCCACCCCUUACAAUUUACGCCACAUCUCGGGAGUCUGUCCCCCUAGACAUCAAACCACUCCACAAUAACCUUAUCCACUUCGAGCAACUUGAUAUCACCUCAGCUUUAUCCAUCCAAAGCCUCAUCUCAAAGAUUAAUCCACCGGUGGAUAUUUUGAUCAACAACGCCGCGGUCGCCCUCGACCGGGAGUAUAACUACGAAAACACUGUCAACUCAUACCCCAAAGAUAUUCAAGAACAAUUCAGCUCCUCCUGGUUGACACUAGCCGGCCUUGACAAUCCCGCAGACAUCUAUUUACAGUCUGUCAAGGCCGAUAUGGAGGAAGAAUCCCGUUGGAACUAUGUUAAGGGCAGUUUCAAUGUGGGUAAGUCCUGCGUCAAUGCACUCACGGCUGUACUUUCAAGACUUAUCAAUUGUUGUUGUCCUGGUUGGAACAAGACUGAUGUUGGAAGCCUGGGUGGGGAUCUUGGGAAGGAUCCAAUGAAGGGUGCGAAGAUACCUGUGAAAUUAGCGAUUGGAGACAUCGGCGAGUGGGCGUUAAUGGUCCGUCAUCAACAACAACGUUAUCAACUGGAGGAAGUAGCGGAGAUUAAUUUCCAGAUAGAUCUGCUAGAGAAGGACUCGACUAAGCCCGAGAGGGGUGAUACCGUUGCGGUGGCCCCGCACUUGAGCCAUAGUGUAACUCUUUCCGGUGAGACCGCAGGUGUAAGGGUCCCUGCCGAGUGUCUUCGAGAGCUCUGCGACCAUGCUCUCUCAUUUAGAAUGAGUUCAAAAAUUGGUAUGGAAUCUAGUGGUUGA